CUUCAUAAAUAAAAAAAAAAAUUCAAGAGACGCUUUCCUCAUGGUCAGACCGUAAAUGUAGCUCUCAAGUCAUAAGUCUUCAAACCUAUAACUUAGUCAACCCCCCUAAUUGUUAAUUCCCAAAAAAAAAAAAAAAAAAAACCAUUACUGUUCCUCUGCUUCUUCUAUAUAAGAUCAUGGCAGGGGGACAGGGUGAGACGCAGAGCGAAUCAAAAUGGAAAUCAAACAUUUGAGCAGACAGCUAUUGAGUUUGUUUCUUCUUUCUUGUAUCUUCUCUCUUUCAUUUGCUGCAAGGGCAAACCCAGGUUUCAAAAUUAAAGCUGUUAAUCUUGGUGGCUGGCUCGUCACUGAAGGAUGGAUUAAACCGUCUCUGUUCGAUGGAAUUCCCAACAAAGAUCUCUUGGACGGAACCCAACUCCAAUUCAAGUCUGUUAAGUUCUGGACAUAUCUCUCCGCAGAGAGUGGUGGAGGAACCAUCAUCGUUGCGAAUCGAACCAGUGCUUCAGGCUGGGAAACCUUCAAAUUGUGGAGGAUCAAUGAAACAACAUUUCAGUUCAGGGUUUUCAACAAACAGUUCGUGGGUCUUGAUAAUCAAGGAAAUGGGAUUAACGUUGUAGCUGUUGCAAACAUCUCUGGUACAUCAGAAACCUUUGAGAUUGUGAGGAAUGCUAACGAUACAAGUCGAGUUCGAAUCAAAGCUUCAAAUGGGUUCUUCUUACAGGCGAAGACGGAGGAUUUGGUCACAGCUGAUUCGGAAGGGAGUGUGGAAUGGAGCGACGAUGAUCCAUCGGUGUUCGAGACGACGAAUGUUGGGGGGUUGCAGGGUGAGUUUCAAGUUACAAACGGUUAUGGCCCAGACAAAGCCCCACAAGUCAUGAGGGACCACUGGAGCACAUUCAUAGUCGAAGAAGAUUUCAAGUUCAUAUCAGAGAAUGGCUUAAAUACUGUAAGAAUUCCAGUAGGUUGGUGGAUAGCAAGCGACCCAAACCCACCUAAACCCUACGUUGGGGGUUCCUUGCAGACCUUGGACAAUGCCUUCUCGUGGGCACAGGACUACAGUGUGAAGGUUAUAAUUGAUCUACACGCAGCACCAGGUUCCCAAAAUGGUUAUGAACACAGUUCCUCGAGAGAUGGAUCUCAGGAUUGGGGAACAACAGAUGAAAACAUACAAGAAACAGUCUCAGUUAUAGACUUUCUCACUGCUAGGUACGCAAAGAACCCAAGCCUAAUUGCAGUAGAGCUCAUUAAUGAACCUCUCUCACCAGGUGUAACUUUAGAUAGCCUGAACAAGUACUACAAAGCAGGUUACGAUGCUGUGAGGAACCACUCUUCAGGGGCUUAUGUUGUGUUGUCCAACCGCAUUGGAUCUUCUGUUGAUCCAAAGGAGCUCUUCCCUCUAGCCAGUGGCUUUACGGGUUCUGUCAUUGAUGUCCAUUAUUACAACCUCUUCUCUGAUAUAUUCAGUAACAUGACUGUGCAACAGAAUGUCGACUUCAUCUAUACCAACAGAUCAGCCCAACUGAACAACAUCACCACCUCAAACGGUCCCCUCACAUUUGUUGGGGAAUGGGUCGCAGAGAUGAAAGUGCAAGGAUCAUCAAAAGAGGACUAUCAGAAGUUUGGAAAAGCUCAAUUAGUGGUGUAUGGGCGUGCCACAUUUGGAUGGGCCUAUUGGGCAUUAAAGAACGUGAACAACCACUGGAGUUUGGAGUGGAUGAUCCAGAAUGGUUACAUCAACCCCUAGUUUUUGUGAUUUUUAUACUCUUCUUCCCUUUUUCUUUUUCCUUCUCUUUUUAAGUCAUUUAAACUCUGAGCUUAAUGGUAUAAAAAUCAAUGUAACAUCAACUCUCAUCAGUCUAAAGUUGAGAUGUGAGGAUGACACUACACUACAAUGGUUGUG